ACCCAUAGAACUUAGUAUGCGUCGCAAGAGACAAGAUAUAGCACUAAAGAAGAACAAAGGAUAGAAAACAGCGAAAGGGGAAUGCAUUCGUACGGGAACUUCAACCAUGUCUCUGUAAACAUAGAAACUAGAUACAGGGACACUGGAAUAUAUAUAGGCGGGAGUCAGCAUGGAAGACAUGAGAUAUAUCCUGGCAGUGGGAACCAUUUUUCAUCUGGAAAUGUUCCGCCAAACUACUAUUUGCCGGGGUAUGUUCCACAAAGUCUUCCAUCCACGGAAUCAAAUCGUCCUCCUGUGAACAUGCAAAUGACACAGAAAGAUCGAGGCUUAGGUAAAACCCUAGUGGGUCCUGUAGAAGAUUUUCAUGAUUCUGUCCUUCCGUAUGGACAACGGCGAAAUCAAAUCGACCACAAUCAGGAACAAGAAGAUAAAGCGAAAUCACCUAAGCCAAGAAAUGUAUGGUGGUAUACUGGAUGUCGCGUAUUUUCAGCCAUUUUGAUUAUCCUGGAUUUAACAUUCGACUGGAUAGAGUACACUGACAUGGAAGAUCCUAUUGAAGAUAACGACAAAUAUUGCAAAGAAGAAUUUGAUUCAGGGGAAGUGGCGAAUCAAUUUUUGUAUGUUUGCAUUGCCGGCACUAUCCUCGCCAUUCUUCAGAUGGCCAACAUCGUUUACCAGAUUGUUCAGAAUCACCGCUUAGAUCCUACCGAAGAAAUUCCAAAUCAUCUGGAUGAACGGACUGAAGUAUUCUUAGUGACGACAUUUAUUGAAAUACCACAAAAUUUUCUACUUUCUCGAUACGAAAAACUUCUUUGUUUGGAUUGCGAAGUGGAAUGGGACUCAAAGACUAUCAAACGAUUCAUGAAUGGAUUGGUAGCUUGUUUAAGCAGUAUUUGGCGCUACAUAACAAAUAUAAAAGUAUCAGCAGGUGACAAAAGUGAUGGUUGCUGCAGAAAUCCUUGUCAGAAGUGUGGUGAUUGCUUUGGUAAUUGUAUCAAAAAGUUCUGCAAUGGUUUGCUGAAAUGCCUUUGUCCGUGUUGCUGUUGUUGUUUUGAUUGCAAGACAUUUUUUCCCUGCUGUUGCUGCUCGGUCAUCAGAGAAAAUGGAAGGUGUUACGCGGAAUGUUGCUGUAAUUGUAAAAGCAAUCCCAACGAGCCCUCAAUACUGGCCGAUUUAGCAGCCAUACCCACGGCCCUCCACGUCUUCUUUUACACUGCAAGGGCCAUGAAAAAAAUCUGCAGCUUAUCAGGAAUAUAUCCGGUCUACAAUUUUAUUCCAAAAAUUAUAAAUGAUACCAUUAUCAGUUGGCUUUGGGACAUGGUUUUCUAAGUGUCAUUGAUGUGAAAUUGCGGAUUGUUUAAAAACUUUUACUUGGUUUUCACAUUCACAUUUUGCCCACAGAUUAAAACGUUUCCUUGAGUUAGUAGUGAAUCAGCCAAAUUUCAACUUGAUUCUUGUUUGUUUAAGAUAUUGAUCCCCCUUUAUCCUAUGAUCAGAGCUUUUUAAAUAUAACUGUGAAUAAAAAAGAAUUUUUUAAAAAGUUUUCAGAUAUUUUGAUCAAGCCAAUACUAUAUGAAAAUAAUAUGUUUUCUCCAGCUAGGAGAUUCAUUACUUAAAUUUUGAACU